AUGAUAAUUGCUGUCCACUGUUUCUCCAUUUUAUUGCAUUGUAUCGGAAGAAUUAUUCAACAUUCGUCGGAUUUAUAUUUGUGGUUGGCUCCGCUACCAGUUUGUGAUAAACGACAAUUCUUCGGGAUAUGCGUCGUAUCUCGUAGUUUAUUCACUUUUGGAGUAUAUUGUUCUAGUUUCACAACUGUAUUCAUGGCAAUCGAAAGGACCAUUGCGACAAAUUUAUCUAGAAAAUACGAAAAUAGAAAGUCUAAAUAUGGAGUUUUUCUUGUUGGGUCACAGAUACUGCUCAGUUUGUUGAUUUUUUUUUUCUUAUUUUUCGGCGGUGACUUACCAGACCGCCCUGUGUACUGCAUGUUUUAUAGCCGGAAGAAUUUCUCGACAAUUGUUGAAAUUGUGACUAUAACGUCUAAUAUCUUUUCUUUCGCCCAGUGCUACAGAUUGUAUAAUAUCAACAUGACUCUUCGUACAACCAACGCAGUGACAAAUUUAAGUCAGAAAUAUCAGAUUGAAGAAAACAAAACUCUGAUUCCAAUCUUAUUGAGUUUCACAUCUCUGGAUUUUGUUUUCAUGGUUAUCUAUUUCAUGAGCCUUUUAAUUAUGGAUAUGCUUCGUAUCGUAAAAACAGAUAGUACAUAUUUCGGAUUAUUCGAAUUGAUUCAAUGUGUUCCAGUAUAUGCAAUUGUAGUGAUUUUUGUGAUGUCGAGAGUGAUAAAGAGAAUUCAUCACGAAAAAACAGUUAAACUAAAUGCUGAAGUACAAAUCAAGGACGAGGCUUAUUUCACUUAUCUGAAACAACAAUGGUCUCAUUCCAAAUAG